UUAUAAUUAAAUCUUCUUCUUUCUCCUUCCAUUAAAAAAAAAAAAAUGUGUUGUUAACUUUGUACGGAAGUUGAAGUUUUUUUUACCUUAAUCAUUUUCUCACUCCUAAAACAGUACAAUAACUCCUAGUAUAAAAGGCCACUACUUUUUCCCUUGAGUUCAUGAACUAAAAAAAAUACAGAAAAGAAGAUAACAUUUGAUAAGCUACUAGUAUCCUCUUUUUUUUUUUUUUUUUUUUAAAAAAAAUUUUCCUUAACAUUUUGCCUUCCUUUUAUGGCAAUUGCUACAACCAUGAAUCUCACUAAGGUCGAUAUUAAUAGCAGCAACCACAACAGCAACAACGUUUGCAACAACAAUGACAAGCAGCAACAAGAUGAUCAACAACAACAAGAAGGUGAUGACGAACACGAGCAUGACAUGGUCAUGCCAGGCUUCCGAUUUCACCCUACUGAGGAAGAACUUGUUGAGUUCUACCUUCGCCAUAAGGUUGAGGGCAAGAAAUUUAAUGUUGAACUCAUUACUUUCCUCGAUCUUUAUCGCUAUGACCCUUGGGAACUCCCUGCCUUGGCCGCGAUUGGGGAGAAGGAGUGGUUCUUCUAUGUUCCAAGGGAUCGAAAAUACCGUAAUGGCGAUAGGCCUAAUCGAGUAACUACAUCCGGUUACUGGAAGGCAACCGGAGCUGAUCGAAUGAUACGAGGAGAGAACUCCAGGCCCAUCGGCCUUAAAAAAACACUAGUGUUUUACUCCGGUAAAGCGCCCAAGGGAAUCCGAACUAGUUGGAUUAUGAACGAAUACCGCCAUCCUCAGCACGAAACGGAACGGUAUCAAAAGGCGGAGAUUUCAUUGUGCCGGGUGUAUAAGAGGCCUGGAGUAGAGGAUCAUCCAUCAGUGCCACGAGGGAGUAGCCUGCCCUCGAGGCUGUCAUCAUCGUCGAAAGCAACUUCGUUGUCUUCCGAGAGGAAGAACUACCAUAACGCCUUUAGAGCUCAGACAACUUGUGUACAACAGCAACUUGAGCACCCGCCGCCUCAGAUGGGUGACAAGGUAAGCGAUACUGAUGCUAGUAGUAGCACCGAAGUGGGGACCGCCCUUGGGCUUUCUCACCACAGCUCGUACACUGCGGUCAGUCCAUUGGCAGCCCCACAGCAAGCGCUAACUCCACCACCACCACAACCACCAACAUCAUCCUCCAUCGAGGUUAAUAGGAUGAUGCAGUUAUUAAAUGAUCAUAAUCAAAAUUUGAAGCAUCAUAAUCACCAAGUGGUAGUGGGUGGAGGCGGUGGCGGUCAUGGUGUAAUUACAUCAUUGCCCUCCUCGCUUAACAACUCUAUAACUCAUCAACAUCCUACUCCUGGACUUGUUCCUCCGAAUCAUCAUCAUCAGCCGAGUAUGGAGGAUAUUCAUAGAUUAGUCGAAUAUCAACAAGCUUGCAUCAACCACCAUUUCCAACAACAACAGCAGCCGCCGCCACAACCACAACAACAACAUCAGUUCCAAUUCGAAGCUCUUAACAACGAUAACAACCCGAGCAGCAGUAAUAGUACUACUAAUAAUUUGCCAUUUUUGUUCUCCAAUUAUUUCUUUUCACCAGCAGCAGCACAACAGGCACAAGCAACACUUAUUAACAACAAUCCUCCAACGGCUGCAGUAGGUGGUGGCUCGAGUAGUAGUAGUUUGCAAUUGCCUCCAGUCACGGUUGCUGGUGCUGGUGCUGGGCUCGCGUUUUCGGACCGUUCAUUGUGGGAUUGGAAUCCAUACUCAGAGCCGAAUAGAGAUCACUUCAGUAACCUCUUCAAGUAACUUUUUACUUUAACCGCAGUAGGUGCUUGCAUACUACAUAAAUGUUGAAGAGAGACAUAAUUUAAUCAAGUACGCUUUUAUAAGUUAUAUUAAUUAAUUGCUUAAGUUAUGUGUUCUAUGAUCAUGUUUUAAUUAUGUUUUUUCUAGCCGGAAUUCUAUAUAGGAGUAUAUGUCAAAGCAUUAAUUUUAACAUGCAUUUUUUUAUCUUAAUUUAGUU